CUUUCGUUUGUGUUCCCUCCUCUCUCUCUCUCUCUGCAGCUGCUGAGCGAGGAGAUUGUAUUUCACAAAGAGAGAGAGAGAGAGAGAGAGAGAGAGAGAGAGAGAGAGAGAGAGCUGUCUUUAUCUCCCUCCCUCCCCUAAACCCUAUCAUAUCCGCCACCACCACUCUCACUCUCUCUCUCUCUCUCUCUCUCUCUCUCUCAAUCAAUCCGACGGCCGUAGUAGUCUCUAUCUAUCUGAAAUCCGAACAACUUAAAACAAACAGAAACAAAAGCACAGAAAAGUGCCGAGAGUUAUGAUGGCGGAUCCGACUGUGAUUAGUUUGAGACCCGGCGGCGCUGUUGGCCUCCGCACCCCACGAUUUCUCACUCCUCGCCUCCUCAAUCCUUCUGACCCUCAAUCCUCCAAUGCCUCUCUCUCUUCCGCCUUCAAGACUGGUGACUCGCGGUUUGAAGGUCGCGAGCGUGUCCGAUACACUAGAGAUCAGCUUAUGCAGCUCAGGGAGGUACUGGUACUUGAUUCUCCAGCACUAGUACAAGCUGCCACUACUAUCCCCGAGGGUGUUCUCAAGAUUAAACAACAAGUAGAGGCUGAGUUUGGUGGCGAUGAUCCUACUUGGGGACGCACUGAUGCCAACCUACAGUCCCAACCUCAGCCUCAAUCACUGGGUCGUUAUUCUGAGUCAGAUAACCGUGAUUGGCGCGGUCGAUCUGGACAGUUACCUGGUUCUGAAGAGGAUAUAAAUGAAUUUUCUAGGCGGCAAGGAUUGAAUAACCAGCAGGACCAACAAUUUACAAAGCCACAAAUUUCUGGUAACCAAGUGGCAGGACCUGCUCCUGUUCUCCUUAAGGCGGAGGUUCCAUGGUCAGCGCAAAGAGCAAAUCUCUCUGAGAAGGAUCGUGUAUUGAAGACAGUGAAGGGUAUACUGAACAAAUUGACCCCAGAGAAGUUUGAUGUUCUCAAGGGUCAACUGAUUGACUCUGGAAUCACAAACCCAGAUAUUUUGAAGGAUGUCAUCUUUCUGAUAUUUGAUAAGGCGGUGCUGGAGCCAACAUUUUGUCCCAUGUAUGCCCUUUUAUGCGCGGAUCUUAAUGCGAAACUUCCACCUUUUCCAUCUGAGGAGCCUGGUGGGAAAGAAAUCACUUUUAAACGAGUCCUGUUGAAUAACUGCCAGGAGGCUUUCGAAGGUGCUGACAACCUGAGGGCAGAAAUUAGGCAGAUGACUGCUCCCGAGCAAGAAAUGGAAUGCAGGGAUAAAGAAAGAAUGCUUAAGCUGCGAACUUUAGGGAACAUACGCCUUAUUGGGGAACUUUUAAAACAGAAGAUGGUGCCUGAAAAGAUUGUACACCAUAUUGUUCAGGAGCUUCUGGGAUAUGAUGGAAAUACAUGCCCUGCUGAAGAGAAUGUCGAGGCAAUUUGUCAGUUUUUCAACACUGUUGGUAAGCAGCUGGAUGAGAGCCCUAAAUCUCGCCGAAUCAACGAGACCUAUUUCAAUAAGAUGAAUGAACUGACUAAGAAUUCUCAACUUGCACCGCGGUUGAGGUUUAUGGUCCGGGAUGUGCUUGAAAUGCGGGCCAACAACUGGGUUCCAAGACGUGAAGAGGUGAAAGCAAAGACCAUAACUGAAAUCCAUUCAGAGGCAGAAAAGAACUUAGGGUUGCGUCCAGGUGCUACAGCAAUGAUAAGGAAUGCUCGUAAUGCAGCUGCCUCUGGGGAUUUGAGCCCCGGAGCUCUUCCUGCUACCCGGCCUGGAUAUAUGCCUGGCAUGCCUGGGAUCCGGAAAAUGCCGGGAAUGCCUGGACUUGAUACUGACAAUUGGGAAGUUUAUCGAUCUAGAUCGAUGACCAAGCGCGAUGGUUUGGUUAGCUCUCAGUCUGGAGGGCGUGUGCAGCCACCGUUGAUCAGUAAAGCACCGUCUCUUAAUUCGAAAUAUUUACCUCAAGGCAGUGGUGGAAUUAUAACUGGGAGAACAAGUGCCUUGUUGCAGGGCUCUGGUGGUCCUGCUCAAGCUAAUUUGGUUUCUGGAGCUGAACCUCUUGCUCAAAACGCCAAGCCUAUAGUUCCGGUUGCAUCACGAGUUUCUUCAGAGAAGGCUCGGGCCACUGAAAUUGUACCAAAUUCUGCUAAGCCUCUAGCUCCUGCAACAAUAUCAAAUUCUGCUGCUCUUCUUAGAAAAACUGUAUCCCUGCUGGAGGAAUAUUUCAGUGUUCGUAUUCUCAAUGAGGCACUUCAAUGUGUGAAAGAACUGAAAGCCCCAGCCUACCAUCCGGAGUUUGUUAAAGAAGCUAUUGCUCUUGCUCUGGAUAAGAGCCCACCAUUCGUAGAACCGAUCAUUAAGCUUCUCGAGUACUUGGUCACCGAAAACAUUUUGACAUCUAGUGAUAUAGGGACUGGUUGCCUGUCAUAUGGGUCAAUGUUGGACGAAAUCGGUAUUGAUUUGCCGAAAGCACCACAUAAUUUUGGUGAGAUUAUUGGGAAGUUGGCUCAGGCUGGGGCAUUGGACUUUAAGGUUGUGAAGGAAAUCCUGAAGAAGGUGGAAGAUGACAUGUAUCGGUCUAUCAUCUUUGGUGCUGCUACGAAGAGCAUUACAUCGCAAGAGUUUUUGGCAAGCCAGGAAUCUGAAAUACAGUCUUGUAAUAGUUUGCUUUCCUGAUCAUGCCAGUUUGCAUCAUCAGUUAAACAUGUUCACUUUUGUGAUAAUUGGCUACAGGGGAAUGGGAGUAGGUUUGCCUAUUCCCAGAGUUUUAAAAUUUUGUUUUCAUUUCAAGUGAAGAAACAGAUAAUUUUAUUCGGUUUUACAUUUAAUUUU